UCAGGUUCCUGGGUGUCCUGACCCUCCUGGGGUGGUCACAUGCUCCCUGGCAGCUUCCUCUUUUCCUACAAACUGGACGUGGGGAAAUCCCCACUGGGCACUAUAAGAAGCCCCUGGGCUCUGUGUAGAAACCAGUGGCUCCAGCUAAGAGCACAAAAUGAGGACAGGCCUCCUCUGCCCCCUGGCCCUUCUGUUCCUCCUUGGACAGACCACAGGGAAUUUGGAGCCCCUGGUCCCUGGCCCCAGUUCCAGCUCUUUCCUUGAUUCUGUGUUCGUCUCCAACUUCAUCUCUGGCCUCAGCUCCAAUGACAGCUUCACUCCCAGCCCUGGCUCCGAGUCUCAGUCGCUUUCCAAUUUCACUGGCUUCGAGGAUGACCACGGGACCUGCCACUGCUCCGUGACCCUCCCAGACACCACCUUUCCCGUGCAGAGAGUGGAACGCUUGGAAUUCACAGCUCAUGUUCUCUCCCAGAAGUUCGAGAAAGAACUUUCUAAAGUAAGGGAGUAUGUCCAAUUAAUCAGUGUGUAUGAAAAGAAGCUUUCAAACCUAACUGUCCGAGUAGAGAUCAUGGAAAAGGACACCAUUUCUUAUACUGAACUGGACUUUGAGCUGAUCAAGAUAGAAGUGAAGGAGAUGGAGAAACUGAUCAUACAGCUGAAGGACAAUUUUGUUGGAAGCACGACAAUUGUUGACCAGCUGGAAGUGGAGAUAAGGAAUAUGAGUCUCCUGGUAGAGCAGCUCGAGACGCUAGACAAAAACAACGUCCUUGCCAUUCGCCAGGAAAUCCUGGCGCUGAAGAACAGGCUGAAGGAAUGUGAAGCCUCUAAAGGUGAAAAUGUUACUGUCUCCCCACCGCCUCCUGCCCCUGGGAGCUGUGGCCAUGGUGGUGUGGUGAAUAUCAGCAAGCCGACCAUCGUUCAGCUCAACUGGAGAGGGUUUUCCUUUAAGUAUGGUGCCUGGGGUCGGGAUUACUCUCCCCAGCAACCAAAUGGAGGGCUGUAUUGGGUGGCACCUCUGAAUACAGAUGGGAGACAUCUGGAAUAUUACAGGCUCUACAAUACCCUGGAUGAUUUGCUAUUGUAUAUAAAUGCCCGAGAAUAUCGGAUUACCUAUGGCCAAGGCAGUGGUACAGCGGUUUAUAACAACUACAUGUAUGUCAACAUGUACACUAGCCGGAAUAUUGCCAAAAUUAACCUGAAUGACAGCAGGGUUGAAGUGACUCAAACUCUCCCUGAUGCUGCCUAUAAUAACCGCUUUUCGUAUGCUAAUGUCGAUUGGCAAGAUAUUGACUUGGCUGUGGAUGAGAAUGGGUUGUGGGUGAUUUAUGCAACCGAAGCCAGCACUGGUAACAUGGUGAUUAGCAAACUCAAUGACACCACACUCACGGUGCUAGACACUUGGUAUACGAGACAGUAUAAACCAUCGGUUUCUAACGCCUUCAUGGUGUGCGGGGUUCUGUAUGCCACCCGCACUCUGAACACCAGAGAGGAAGAGAUUUUCUACUACUAUGACACAAACACAGGGAGAGAGGGCAGUCUAAACGUUGUAAUGCCUAAGAUGCGGGAGAGAGUUCAGAGCAUUAACUACCACCCUUUUGACCAGAAACUUUUCGUCUAUAAUGAUGGUUACCUUCUCAAUUAUGAUCUGAUCUUUAACAAGGAACCCAAGUAAGUUGUGGAAGGAUGAGAGAGAAAUAAAAGGUUCCUUGAAAAAAAUGGUCUUUUUCACUUAUUUAGCUAUCCGCGGGGGGGAUUUGGAAGUGAGUUUGCUUAGUAGUGAUACUUGGGAGCAUAGUUCUAUCGCACUGAAGACUUAGGAUAUUUGCCCUGAUUUGGUAAGUUCUUUUGGAAGCCGUCUGCCUCCAAAGAAUGCAUUUCCCUAGUGAAAAUAAGGUCCUUGCAGGGUAGAUGGGAUUGUGGGGGUCUAGGGACAUUAUAGGUUCAAGGAAGGUGUCAGUGAGACAGCUCCAGAAAUCAAGGAAUUAAAGAGAACCCUAUGGCUUUUGGGGAUUCUUUGUAAGGAUGGGUGUCAAUGACCAGCUCUCCUCCAUGUAGCCAGGUUAAUUCAUCCAUGCCUGAAAGAAACCUGAUCUCAAUUAGGCAGAUUAAUACUUGAAACUCCUUGAGGGAUCAAGUCUCCAUCUUUGGUUUUUCUUACUAGCAUCUGGACAGUGUUUUAUAUGUAGCAGAUUAGUAAACUUAGCAUGCUUGUAUUAUAUCUGUGAGAUGCUCAGAGUUUUCUAGAGAGAGGCUCUUUUAUGCACUAAAUUGUACCCUGUAAAUCAGUCCCAGAUGGACCUGCAGGUGGGGGAUUUGAUUUUUCUUUUAUCCCUUUUGUCCACCUCUAGAAGAGUCAGUAGAACCCUCCUACCUCAUAACUCCAUUCCAAAGGCGCGCAGAAGACUAGAACCAGAUUUACCAACCAGUUCCCUCCUCCCAUUUCCUACCUCCUGCUUUUUAUGAGAAUUAACCAGUUUUUUUAUGGAAUGGGUAGAAUAAAAACAAAAUUACACUUUUUGUCUCAUCAUGAAAUUACACUUACAUGACUCUAGGACUGUAAGAACAGAUGGCAGUGAUAAAAUAAUAGCGUAUCUGGUUACAUGACAAAGCCCUUGGAGCAUAUGUGACAUUUGUAUUAAGUCAUAUCAAUUGUUUCAUGCAAGGGUUGUCUUUGUUUAAGCCUAAAAGUUGUAAGAAAAUAAAUUUUUUUUUGAGGAAGACAUAUUUUUAAAAAACCAUUGAAAAUAUCUAGUAAAUCAGUGCAGUUUGAAAACCUAGCAGGUGUAUGUGCUUCUGUGCUUUUGGAUGGCUUUCUCUUCCAGUCUUGGUCUGUUUCCCCUUGAUGUUCAUGAGUCCCAGUCUAUAGGACUGGCUCUUUAAAUGCUAUAACCAUCCCCUUUUAAUAAAUGA